CAUCUGGGGCGCCGCGCGGCGGGCGGGCGGGCAGGAGGGCGCGCAGCUCCCGGGAUCGCGGCUGCAGCAGGAGCAGGAGCAGCAGAAGGGCGGGAGGAGCCGCCGCCGCCAGCACACGAUGGAUGUAGCCGCCCCACUGGGAUGAAGCUGGCCAGCGCACCAUGCCAACAUGCAUCUCCAGCAGGCCUGCCACCGCCGAAAGGCUCGUUUCCCACAAUGAGCUUGGCAGGCAGCAGGAGGCUGCUGGCUUUCCGCAUUGCUUGCAAGCCCUGAAGUCUACCCAGUUGGGCGAGAUGGAUUCCUUCGUGGUGGUGACGGAGUAUGACCCUGCUUCCAGGCCUUCGCAGGGCGGGCAGGACGAGCAGGAGGAUGAGGAGCCCAUGGAGCCCUGCGAGGAGGAGCCGGUGGCGCAAGACCCCAGAGGGUUCGAAGAGGAGGCUUUUCCUGGGGGUGCUCUGGGGGGCCCUUUGCGAGAGACAAGGGAACCUCGAAACAAACUGAACCUUUCAAGUCGCAAACUCUCUCUCCAGGAAAGGUCGCAGUCUGUCCAGUCUCCUGGUAAUGGCGAGGGCGUUAAUGGACGCUACAUUUAUCCUUCUCUUCCUUAUUCCCCCGUCACGUCUCCGCAUUCCUCGCCUCGUCUACCCCGGAGGCCGACGAUAGAAUCCCACCGAGUUUCUAUCACAGGAUUGCAAGACUGUGUGCAGCUAAAUCAAUAUACGUUGAAAGAUGAAAUUGGAAAGGGCUCCUAUGGGGUUGUGAAGCUGGCAUACAAUGAAAAUGACAACACCUACUAUGCAAUGAAAGUGCUUUCCAAGAAGAAGCUGAUGAGGCAAGCGGGAUUUCCACGCCGUCCCCCUCCUCGCGGUGCCAAGCCCCCUCUGGAAGGCUUCUGCCAACCCAAGGGACCCAUUGAGCAGGUCUACCAAGAAAUCGCCAUCUUGAAAAAACUCGACCACCCAAACGUAGUGAAGUUAGUGGAGGUGCUAGAUGACCCCAGUGAAGACCACCUGUACAUGGUGUUUGAACUUGUGAAGAAAGGGCCUGUGAUGGAAGUCCCAAACCUGAAACCUCUGACUGAAGACCAGGCACGCUUCUAUUUCCAAGACCUGAUCAAAGGCAUUGAAUAUUUGCACUACCAAAAGAUAAUCCACCGGGAUAUUAAGCCUUCCAAUCUUUUAGUUGGGGAAGAUGGUCACAUCAAAAUAGCCGAUUUUGGCGUGAGCAACGAAUUCAAAGGGGCAGACGCCCUGUUAACCAACACCGUGGGGACCCCAGCGUUCAUGGCACCCGAGACCCUCUCAGAGACCAGAAAAAUAUUUUCUGGAAAGGCUUUAGAUGUUUGGGCUAUGGGGAUCACUCUCUACUGCUUCGUCUUUGGGCAGUGCCCUUUUAUGGAUGAGAGGAUUUUGAGUUUGCACAGCAAAAUCAAGAGCCAGAUGCUGGAAUUUCCUGACCAGCCAGACAUUUCUGAUGAACUGAAAGAUCUGAUCACGCAGAUGCUGGACAAGAAUCCCGAAUCCAGGAUCACAGUCCCAGAAAUAAAGGUGCACCCCUGGGUCACCAAGAACGGGGUGGAACCAUUGCCGACAGAGGACGAGAACUGCACGCUCAUAGAAGUGACCGAAGAAGAGGUUGAGAAUUCGGUCAAGCACAUCCCAAGCUUGGCCACUGUGAUCCUGGUAAAAUCAAUGAUCAGGAAAAGAUCUUUUGGGAACCCGUUUGAGGGGAAGAGAGAAGAGCGAUCCCUUUCUGCGCCAGGGAAUCUGUUGACGUAAGUCUCUGACGCAGGAGCCUUGAGCUGUGGAGAAGGGCAAGAGUUUUCCAAAUGUGCUGUGGAAUUUCCCUGGAAGUUAGGGGUGCUCAACAAUACCUAACAUACAGGCCCAGCCCUGCCAUUAAACAAACUUGAG